CGCAGUCUGUGCAUAACAACAUAAAGUGACUUCAAAAGUAGCAAAUGACCGAGUCGAGAGUCAAGAACGUAAAUACACGGAACGCAAAAUAUCAUGCUUGUUACUCAGCCGGAACCAUGAACCACCCAAUCAGAAAAUGGCAUCACCGGAACUGACCGUCGGGAAACAUAUCCGGUCCAUAACAAAUCGCAUAUAAAUUAAUUUCCUCAUUCAUUCGUGUUUAAAUUUGCGGUUACUUUUGGAAUAUACAAUGGUUUCGCGGCAUCGGUUUUUUGUAAUGUUCAUGAAGACUUGAGGUAUUAAAGUGAUUAGUAAUUAUAACGUAAACGUGUCACAGCUGUCAUCAACAGCCUCACUUUAAUCAAUGCACUGCUACUUGCCCAGGUUGUUAUUAAUAUAACCCAGUUAAACUAAAGUGCCAACUUGCGUGUUUCACUAUUAUACAAUUAAACCUGUGUACUUGGCACUCCAAAAUAAGAUGUAAUUAAAAUAUAUACAGUACAGCAAUAUGCAGCUUUUCAGUAUUAGGGCAAAAGAAAAACAAUCAGAUGGACUUCACUGAAUGUUAUAAAGACACCUGCUCAGCCGUGGCUCUGGCUGCCCGGGAGGGAAAGGUGCGACAGUUGCAGAGGCUUAUCCAGCGAGGCUUUGCUGUGGAUGUGAAAGACAACCGGGGCUGGAACCCCCUGCAUGAGGCUGCUGCAGCCGGAUCCGCGGAAUGUGUACGCCUUCUCCUGUCUGUUGCAGUCAGCUGUGAAGACUAUGUGAAUACCUUAACGCAUAACUCAGAGACCCCGCUUUACUUUGCUGCGAGGGAAGGGCACCUGCGGGCAGUCAGAUGUCUUAUUAAGGGUGGUGCGGACCUCAACAGGACAACCAAUGACCUCUCCUGUCCCCUCUUUGCAGCUGUAGAUGGUAGGCACAAAAAGGUGGUGGAGCUGCUGGUGAGAAAUGGAGCUGAAGUGAACAGGACUCACUCUGUAUCAGGCUGGUCUUGUCUUCAUCAAGCUGUUUACAAGGACCAUACUGAGAUUGUUAGGUACCUGGUGGGCAAGUGCCAUCUUGAGCCAGUGGAUGACUAUGGGAUAACACCUUUAUUUCUCGCUGCACAGUAUGGACAUCCCAAGUGCUUAGAGAUUCUUGCAUAUGCUGGGGCAAAUGUGAACUGCCAGGCAAACGAUCUGGCCACCCCAAUGCUCAUCGCUGCUCAAGAGGGACAUAUAAGUUGUGUGGAGUGUUUACUGAACUACGGCGCUGAUCCGAACCUGUACUGCAAUGAGGGCCGCUGGCAGCUACCCAUCCAUGCUGCAGCACAGUUUGGUCGGCUUAGUAUUUUAGGAAAACUGAUUUCUGUAACAAACCGAGAAUGUGACCAGGGUGAAGGAAAGGUCAGUCCUGUUUACUUGGCAGUACUUGGUGGACAAGUGGGCAGCCUUCGUAUCCUUCUAAAUGAGGGCUACAGCCCGGACGCACAAAGCUGUCGACAGUUUGGCCACAGCUGCCCUUUAGACUUGGCUACAAGCUUGGACACCGAAUGGCACCAGACUCGGAAGAUCACUUUGAUGCUUUUAGCUGCAGGUGCCUAUAUAAGCAUGGACACUUAUGCCUUUACAUUACAGGGCCAUGUACCCAAGCACCUGCCUUUGAUCCUGAAGCACGCUGGACUUCCUCAGCAUGACCAACUUGGGGAGCUGGUCAAAAGAGCGCUUGAUGUGGUGCAGAGCGCAUCCUUCUGGCUCCCCCUGCUGCUGAAAGCAGGAAUGGACCCCACACUUUUCCUGCAGGUUAAAAUGCUUGAAGAAGCUGAGAGCAGUGUGCUUAAUUUCUUUCUGGAGUUCAUUAAUUGGAAGACUUUGCCCUCUACGAUGCUUCAGAUUCUGUCUCGCCGCCGAGCAGAUGGCACGUGGAUGCCAAGGAAACAUUUCGAUUCAAUCCCUGCUUUAACACAUCUGUGUAGACUGGCAGUGCGGGCAUCGGUGGGCAGCGAUGCUCUGUCUAAGACCUCCUUCAUACAGCAGCUGCCUGUUCCCACACUUCUCCAGGACUACCUUCAGUUCAGUGAAGUUCACGGCAGCAUGACAGUCAGUCCUCCUGUCUAAUUAAGUUUCCUCAAUUUGUUCCACUGCAGUAUUUUGUACAUAAUGUUAAUAAAAUGUAAUGACUAUU